AUGCCCUCGGUCUCGCGCGCGCCCGUCUACCUGAAGGACUACGCCCCUCCGGACUACCGCUUCGACGCGGUGUCGCUGGACUUUUACCUCGGCGAGGACGUCACGAUCGUGACGAACACGAUGCGAACGUCGCCGACGUUCGACGGCGCGGGCGACGCGCGCGCGCUGUUCCUCCACGGCGACCCGAGCCCGGGGGAGGGCGGGUACGUCCUCACCGCGAAGGGGCUGACGAUCGCGUCGCCGCCGACGACGCCGUUCGAGCUCGCGAUCGUCACGGAGAUCAAGCCCCAGGACAACACCGAGCUCGAGGGCCUGUACAAGUCCUCCGGGAACUUCUGCACGCAGUGCGAGGCGGAGGGAUUCCGAAGGAUCACGUUCUACCAGGACAGACCGGACGUCAUGAGCGUCUUCACGACGAAGAUCGUCGCGGAGAAGUCCAAGUACCCGGUGCUGCUAUCCAACGGGAACCUCGUCGAGUCCGGAGACCUCGACGGCGGGAAACACUUCACCGUGUGGGAGGACCCGUUCCCGAAGCCGGCAUACCUCUUCGCGCUCGUCGCCGGCGACCUCGGCGUCGUGGAGGACUCGUUCACGACGAGCGGCGGCCGCGACGUGGCGUUGAAAAUUUACGUCGAGGCGCACAACCUCGACAAGGCUGACUUCGCGAUGGCGUCGCUGAUCAAGUCGAUGAAGUGGGACGAGGACGUGUUCGGGCUCGAGUACGACCUCGAUUUGUUCAACAUCGUCGCCGUGGACGACUUCAACAUGGGCGCGAUGGAGAACAAGUCUCUGAACAUUUUCAACUCGCGCUUGAUUCUCGCGACGCCGACGACGGCGACGGACGCCGACUACGCCGCCAUCGAGGGCGUCGUCGCGCACGAGUACUUCCACAACUGGACCGGGAACCGAGUGACGUGCCGCGACUGGUUCCAGCUGUCGCUGAAGGAAGGCCUCACGGUGUACCGCGACCAGGAGUUCAGCGCGGACAUGAACUCGCGCGGCGUCAAACGCAUCGGCGACGUCUCGCGUCUCCGCGCCGCGCAGUUCCCGCAAGACAGCGGGCCGAUGGCGCACCCGAUUCGCCCGGAGUCGUACAUCAAGAUGGACAACUUCUACACCGUCACCGUGUACGAAAAAGGCGCGGAGGUCGUGCGCAUGUACGAGACCCUCCUCGGGAAGGACGGGUUCAGGAAAGGCAUGGACCUGUACUUUAAGAGGCACGACGGCCAGGCGGUGACGACGGACGACUUCCUCGCGGCGAUGGCGGACGCCAACGACGUCAACCUCGACGCGUUCCUCCCGUGGUACACCCAGGCCGGGACCCCCGCGCUCGACGUGAAGACCAAGUACGACGCGACGAAGAAGACGUUCGAGAUGAAAUGCACGCAGAGCAUCCCGGACACGCCCGGGCAGACGAACAAGACGCCGACGCUGAUGCCGAUCGCCGUCGGCCUCGUCGGGCCAGACGGCGUCGACAUGCCGUUGACGCUGGAGGGCGAAGACGAGGCGUCCAAGACGUUCACGUUCACGAACGUCGCGGAGAAGCCGACGCCGUCCAUCCUGCGGAACUUUUCCGCCCCGGUGAAGCUCACGACGGAUCUGACGCAAGAGGAUCUCAUCUUCCUGAUGUCCAACGACUCGGACGCGUUCAACCGCUGGGAAGCUGGCCAGACGCUGACGCGCGCGCUGCUGCUCGGCCUCGUCGACGACGCCGCGAGCGGGCGGGAGCUCCAGAUGGACGCCGCGAUCGUCGACGCGAUGCGGAAGAUCGCGUCCGGGGCGUUCGAAGCCGACGCCGACAAGGCGUUCAUCGCGCGCGCGAUGACGCUCCCGUCGGAGGGCGAACUCAGCGAGCUCGUGUCUCCGGCGGACCCGGACGUGAUUCACGCCGCGAGGGACUUCGUGGUGAAGUCGCUCGCGCGCGAGCUCCGACCCGAGCUCGAGCGGAUCAUGGCGGAGAACACCGCGGAGGCGUACAGCAACGAGCCCGGUCCGCGCGCGGCGCGGACGCUGAAAAUCGCCGCGCUCGGUCUCUUGUCUCGCCUCGAAGACCCGGCGAUCGACGCGGAGGCGCUGAGACGCUUCCACGCGGCUGAUAACAUGACGGAUCAGAUCGCGGCGCUCGCAUCGCUCGCGUCCCGGGACUGCCCCGAGCGCGCGGAGGCCCUGGACGCCUUCUACGAGCGCUGGAAGCACGACCCGCUCAUCAUGAACAAGUGGCUCGGGAUCCAAGCCGGCGCGGCGCUGCCGGGCAACGUGAAAAACGUCGUCGCGCUGACGAAGCACCCCGCGUUCGAUAUCAAGAACCCGAACAAGGUGUACUCGCUCGUCGGCGGGUUCGUCGGCGGCACGCCCACCAACUUCCACGCGAAGGACGGCAGCGGGUACGAGUUCUUGGGCGACAUCGUGAUCGAGCUCGACGCCGUCAACGGGAGCGUCGCGGCGCGCAUGGUAGGCGGGUUCACGCGUUGGAAAAAGUACGACGAGGAGAGGCGGGCGCUGAUGAAGGCGCAGCUGGAGAGGAUCUUGAACGUGGAGGGGCUGAGCGAGAACGUGUUCGAGAUCGUGUCCAAGUCGUUAGAGUGAUUUUUGUCGCGGUGAUUAGACCGCGUGAUGUGAUUAAUCACUACUGUAUCACGCC